AAAAAAACCAGCUAACGCCAAAAAAAAUCAAGGCAAAACGUCAUGUAAACCUUCAUCCAGAAAAGAGUCAAAAUUUUCGUCGAGAUGCUUCGCAGUUUAAUCCAGAAAUUGCCCAAAUUGUCCUCUACCAGUGAUUACGCUGUUAGUUCGGCAAAGCCGACCCACAGAAAUUGCCGCUCUCUGUCGCCGGCGGUGCACAGGAAAACUUGGAAAAGCAGACUGGAAAAAAGCAAAAUUCCAUUCAGCAGAUCCAUAUCGUGUUCGCGAACGUCAAGAUCUGUUUCGCGAACCGUCAAAGGUUGUUCUUUGGCUGAAAUACAGGAAAAUGGUCAUGCUAGGAAGCUGUGUUUUAGUAAGGAUUAUUAUGCCAACAACAAAACUGAACCUCAGAACGAAGACGGCGAGCUCCAUUGGCGUGAGAACCCGCCGAAAGAAUCGGAAAUGGUGGAACCUCCGCCUUCGAACCGUCCAGAAAACGUCCCAAUAGAAACGUUGGAACAAUACGAGCUGGAAGCCGCCAGACCGCGCCCGAUGAAGAACCACGACCUGAUGGAAGCUUUCGCCUCGAAAUUGGACAGCGAGCAACAUCACUGUCACCUACAACCGAGCAAAAUGAGACCGUUCGGGUCUUGGGACAACUAUUAUUCGCCUGUACUUUUAAGAUCGACGAAUUCCUUGAAAUGUCCCAGGAAGUUAAAAAAACCCAUUCCCCAAGAUGAUACUGAUAACGUAGUACAAAAGGCAGAUUCUAAAUCUUCAUUGCCUGGAACAAGAAGCUUCUGUACCGCUAGUUGUUUUGCGAAUGAAGAAAACCCUAAAAAACAAAUAAAGUAUUCCAAAAUCCCAAAAAGGCCAUCAUUUGGCCAGCAAAAUUUGUACAACGACUAUUGGUACCACGUCGCUCAGGAAAAAAAAUUGGAAUUCUUGCCGCCAAAACUACCAACGUCGUUCAGCAAUGUCAUGGAAGAUGAAACCGUCGAAUUUCUAGAAGGUUCCACGCCCGAAAUGAGACGCCAAAGAGCCGAUGAUGAGAACCGCCGAGGCUCUAUCAACUAUAAAUUGUCCUAUUCAGACUUAAUCAAGCUUAAAAUGCGAAACAAGCUCCUCAGUACUAAAAUCGUGGAGACCGAUAAUAAAAAUUCUGGAUGCAUAUUGAAAAACGAAGGCAACAAAAUGCUGGACGCAUUCAAAAACCUUCCAAUCAAACGAUCGAUGACCACAAGGUCCAAGAGCACCCUUUCCUCCAAAAGCGGCAACAAAAAAACCAAACACAAACCCGAAUGCGAAGAUGUGUGUACCGAAACCGUACGCCUAAUCGACGAAGCCGAAAAGAAACACUUCCCUUACGAGCCCAAAAAGUGCGAACACCCCGACGUCACUUACGCCAAUAAAAGAAUCUUUUUACCUUCGAAAGUGAAACUGCCAGUACCACCAACCUGCAGUGCUCGUCCAGAAUACAGGCAUUGCAAGAAAAUCACCGUUUGCGACACUCCGCGGGCCGACGAUUGCAUCGAGCCCAAAUACAAGCCGUUGCCCAAAUUGCAAGUGGGGCCUUGCGAAUGCAUCGAUCCGCCGCAGCCCACCUACGCGCCCAGGUUGGAAAAGUUGAACUUGAAAUUCGAGGAUCCUCCUCGGCCUCCUUGUCGCAAGCCUAAGUGUACGAUGCCCCGAGCUGACGAUUCCAAUCCUCAAAAGUUUAAAAAACUGAAACAUUACAAGCCUCAGGAAUGUGCCUGCGUACAACCACCCCCGCUGACCGACGUUAAACUAAAGCGAUUACCCAGAUGCGAACCGGAAGAGGUUUGCAGGCCUGUAAGAGUAUGUCCGAAGCCGGACAGGUGCCCGCCGAGAGCCGACGACAAUUUGAAAACCCCCCCGAAAAAAUUACCCGUGAUCGAAGGUCCUGUGUGUCCUUGUGUGGAAACUCCUGGACCCACCAUAGCACCUCCCAUUAGAAGGUUAGACUUGUCUGUGCCGGAACCUGUACGAGUUUGCAAAAAAACACAUCCUUGCGCCGACAAGGAACGUGCCGACGACACUUGGGCUACGAAAAAGAAAAAACUACCCAAGUUCGUUCCAGGAGAUUGUCCUUGCGAGGAUCGUCCAAUGGUGGAUUGGAACCUCAAACGUUUGGUUUGCGACGAAGAGGUGCCCGAAUGCGAGGUUCCGGAUCCUUGCAACGCUUUUCCGCGAGCCGAUUGGGGCUGUUGGGAGUACGAGCAGGACGAAUGCGUGGAAGUCGACAAGAAAUGCUUGGAGAAGAAGAGGGACAAGUGCGCGCCUCCCAGAAAGCCGAAAGGUCCAGUUUGCAAGGAUAAUACGAAAGUUUGCCGCAGCGGUUGGACUACGACUGAUAUGAGUGCCGAUCACAAAAGAAAAUUCAGCAACAGCAGCAUUAAUUCCCUGUUGGGGGAAUUUGGCAGUGAGAAUAUAAGACACUACAAUUCCAGCUCUACGGCUCAACUAGAAAACGCUAAUCGCAACUUAUUAAAAUAUGAAUACGAACCGUUGAAAAGCCGUAGAAACAAAAAGAGCAACCACCAUUCCUUAUUGGACCUCAUCGAGGUGCUAAAUAAUCUGGAAAAGCCUGGCAAAAGGGCCGAUCCGUUAUUGUUCAAACCGGAAAAGCACGACAAAAUCGACUACGCACGAAUCCUUGAGACCAUUGCGAGCACCACGCCGAAAAUAGUCAAAAAAGAGCCGAAACGUGCCCCGGUGACCACAAAAAAACCCAGCGUUACUGUGAGCUCCAGAGCGAUAUCGACCAAGAGACUUUCACGUAACAGUGAAAUCGAUAUUAAAAAGAAGAAAGACACUGAGGCCAAGGAGAAAUGCAAGAAAAUCAGACCCUCAAUCAAAGCGUUGAUGUGUCAGAAACCGUGCCCUCGUUACCACGUGUGCCCGGAAAAAACUUGCGAGCGCAGGCCAGGGUGCACAACCGAAAGGGUACCGGUUUGUUGUGCUAAGGAAGAAUCACCUUAUUCGGCUUACUCGGACAAUUUACCAACCACCACAAAGCCCUUCGUUCUCAAAACGCCUCAAUUCAACUGCUACUCACCUCAGUACGGGUACUAUCCGAACUUUAAAAAGGAAUUCGAACCGAUCGAUGGCGACAAGAAGAAAUCACAAGCGGAUAAGAAGAAGUUCAGUACUACCAGUUCAAUUUAUAAAGCUGGAAAAGCAUCCGCACAACAAAGCUCUAGUAGACUAUUGAGCUUCUACGGAUCAAAUCCUGUUCAGCAAUCCCCGUUCUUGAAAGGAUCCAGAUACGCAAUCGUCGAGACCCCAUCGAAAGAUCACUUUACAUCAUUAUCGACACAAAAUCGUACGUUCACAACCAAAAUAUUUCAAAUCUGUCGACCGGAGUGUCCGAAAAAGGUCAAAUCGGCCAAAGAGUGCCCAAUCGAAUGCACAGACAAACCCACAGCUCCAAAGAUAGUUUGUUACACGAAAGACGAGUGUAAUGCUCCUGAAAGUCGACGUUGUUGUUAUGUCGAUUACCGUACCGGAUUUCAAAAUCGAAUCAGGCCUCCGUUUCCAGCCUUUUCCGAUUGUUUGGACGAAGAAAUGGAGGAGAUACUCACCCAGUGUCCGCUGGACCGGGAAAAAUACUUGAGGAUGCAACCGAGGUUUAUGAAUCCGCUUCCGAAACCUUUUACCCUCCAACCGCCUCCUCCUAUACAAGGCAGAAUUGACAUUUUUAAAGAGCAAAAAUGCAUUAGAGAGAAACUAUGCAUGGAAAAUGAGGGCUUUACGCAAACGUGCAACAACUUUGGCAAACCGGUGCCUCUAUUGAAGAUGCUUCCAGACCUCAAUUUAGAUGAUUGUCAGAGGAUUGACGUACUUAAAAAACUUGGACGUUGGCCACCGCUUACCUUGAAAUCAAACAGAAGAUUUUCCACAAGCUUGUUUGACCAAAUAAGAAAUUUCCACGUAUUAAGUAAAGGAAUUGAUAAAUGUUUCCUUAAAGGCAACAAUGAUAAGGAAAAAGUUGGCAAGAAUAAACUGGGGCCCAAUAAAUAUAAACUAGACAAAAAAGCUAAAUCUUGCAUUAAACUAUUCACUAAACGAAAUGAUAAUAGUGUAGCCAAGAGGGUGCAAAGAUUUUACACCACAUACAAAAUAAACAGGAAGCGUUCAUUUGGGUUCAAUCGAAGGCAACUUUCUUACAAACCCAAUAAGCCCUAUCGGGGCAAUCGCAAUCGUCACGACAAAGGCGAAUACAAAAAAACUUGCCCCAAAUUUGUUUUGAAAAAUUGCCCUCCCAGAUCGACAAGAAGAAAAGAUUGCAAAAGAUUGCCCAGACCUACCACUUGUACGAAGCCCAACACUCCUUAUCCGGCGUAUUCUGAGUGCACAGAACACUCCAUAGUGGUUCCAGAGUGUGAUGAGUGCGCCUACGACAUAAACACAAUGGAGAAUCUACAGCCGAAAUUGCCUCUUAUAAACGCUGGCGAAAAUAUAAACCAUUUUCCUAGCCAGGAGAAAAUUAACAGGGCUACAGCGUGGGAGUAUUACAAGUGCAAGAACGAUAUUGUUAACGAAGGCACUACAAUGGGUUGUGACCCUUCAUUGAAAUCGAGUGAAGCUUCAGUGCCGGCAACUGAUGAGGAGUACAAUCCAGAGGACAGAGAAAAACUCGAAGCCAUGUGCAUACGAGAGUGCAUCAAGCGAAUGCCUUGUCACUUGCCCGAAGAAGAAAAAUAUUGCGUUUGCAAGGAAAGAUGCCAAGCCUACUUUAGACAACAGGAUUCUCGUUUUUCUUGUCCAGAAGAAGACGUUGUUGGUAAUCAUAAUGGCCAAUUGAUUGAUUGUGAACAAGACCAAAAGACGCCACCCUCUGGUAAAAUCGAAUCUAAGCCUAUUGAUGAAAGUAAAAAAGAGAGGCCACCUAGAAAAAUUAUUUGUAUAUCAGAUAUUCCCAUGGUUAAACCAGUUGAUUGUAAACCAGAAUCUGAGAUUAGGACACCUAAUAAUAAAGUUGCUUGUAAACCUCCUACGAAAAUCGUUCGUGUCCCGGAAAAACUUCCAAUUAAAAUUGCUUGUGGGAAAGAAGCAACACUUAAGCAUGUCGAGUGCAUUAAGCCUGCUCCAAAGUAUAAUCCUUGCAAGCAAAUAAUCGUUAAAGCUGCGUCUUGUCCCAGAAAACCAACCCAACUAGAAAUAAUUUGGCAAAGAAUCGUAAAUUUUUUCAAGGCCAGGCCUAAUUGUCCCGAGCCAGGCGAAUAUAAGAGAAGACUAUUGAGAGAUAAAGCUGAAAAGGCCGCAAGCGCUUUAGGGCUGGUAGUUGUGGAUCCAAAAUGUCUUCCUCAAGACUUGCUUAAAGGCUUGAAGCUGCACAAAAAGGAUUGUAAAGCUUGCCCCGAUCAGACGCGAAGCUUCAGUACGACUAACCAACAAUUGAGAAACUAUUCGAAUAGCUGCAAAAAUUUAGAGGAAAUCAAUCGGAUGCUUGAAGAGGACGAGCUCAAGCAAAACGAGCCAACUAUAGCGAUAUUUCCAGAAAGACAAGAUGCUCUGGUAUCUGAAGCUUUGAAAAUGUCUUUCGAUUUUGAUGUUUACAACUACACCGACUCUGAAUGGUGCAACAGUCGAUUUAGGAAGCCUUAUUUCGGAUAUACUGGCGUGCUUCCGAGCAGGGAGAAUAUUUUGGAGAGGGCUUGGAGAAUCUCCAUAGAGCGCAAAUAUCCUGUGACUUAUAAUUUUUUCAAUGAGAUUUUUACUAAGGUUGAUAGGUCGGUGAAGACCUAUGAGGACCUCGAAAAAUUGAAGACAGAUAAUAUAUUGCGAGAGCUGGACGAGUUGUUGCAGAACAAAGAACCGAACAAGAAGAAGAAGUAGCGAGUGAAAUUUUGAUUCAUUGUCUCAAUUUUAGUAAAAAUAAAUCAUGUUUUGAUUGUUGCUCAUA